UCUCUCUCUCUCUCUCUCUCAAAAGCAAAAAAAGAAAGAAAUUCGAAAAAAAAUAAGAAAUGGAGCCUCCGUCCUCGGAAUCCCAGGAAAACCAUCAUCAGCAACAACAGCAGCAGCACCAAAACGUUGUCGUAAUGCGUCACGGAAACCGCAAGGACAACUUCGAGCCAUUGUGGGUGACCACACCUGAGAGGCCGUGGGACCCACUUCUCGUCGAGGAGGGUCGGAUCCGGGCCUUUUGCCCCGGUCGGAAGAUCCGAAAUCAAUUCGGGUUCCCUAUCCACCGGGUCUUCGUGUCCCCUUUCCUCCGCCGCGUCGAGACCGCAUCUCAAGUCGUCUCUGCUCUUAGUGCCCUUCACGGUGAUCCCAACAACCUCACUGUCGACAACGUCACCAUCGAUCCCUCCAAACUCAAGGUCUCUAUUGAGUAUGGAUUGUGUGAGAUGCUAAACACUGAAGCAAUCAGACCUGGUUUGGCUCCUAAAGAUGGAAACUGGGGCUUCAAUAUCUCAGAGCUUGAAGGAAAGUUUUCUGCUGGGACGUGGGACAAUACUAUGAAAUUAAUGUUUGAGGAAGAUUUCCAUUCGAUCAAAGCACUCCAUCAACCUUUCGCCUUUCUCAUCACACUGCUUGCUGCCUUAGUUGGACUGCACUUUCAAACCAAGAAGUUGUCCCCAGUUGAAACACAUUUUGCAAAGAUCGUGCUUCUCGUCAUGGCUGCAGUGGUACACAGCAUUGCAUUUGCGUGGAUAACUGUACAACCUCGUAACUCAAAGUACCUUCCCCUAUUGCGCCUCGCUAGUCUGGGUUCUGGAGUUCUCACUUGUGGCCUACUUUUUGGACUACUCAUUUCUAACUUAUGGUGGUGCAUAGUUAAUUUAUGCAUAAUCCUAGUUGUAAUUGUUGAGAUAUUGCGUCGCUGGCACCAACCAAUUUACGAGUAUCUAUACCACGCAACUAAUCUAGUGCUCGCAUCUGUAAAGGCACUAACACAAGCUGAGGCAAAGGUUCAAGCACAAGACAGUAAGGCUGAUGACAGAGCUACUGAAGCUGGUGAUAAAGCAGCUGGUAAACGACCUGUAGUAUAGUCAUAAUAGGCUAAACUGCAUGUAGCAUAAGUUAGCUAAGAAAGGGUAGAGUCUGUACACGUGUCAGUGAUCUAGGAUGGUUGAAUUAGAAUUUGUUACUUCAUCCCACAUUAUACGGGGAAGGAGUUAGGGUAUAUAUAUUUGGGGA